GCAGGGGACUGUGCCCAGGGGGGUCUGCGCGAAGCCGCUGACUCGCGAGGUUCUCUGUCGCCUGCCGCCCUCGCUCCUUUUCUUCCCUUCUAGAGUGUUACGGUGACUCUUAGGUUCGAAGGGGACGGACGUCCUCCCACGUACCAUUUAGAAGGUCAGAGUGGGCAGAACCUAGUCUGAGCAGGCCGGCGACGAAUCCGCUGACAAGACGCGCGCGUGGGCACUCACGUGACCUAGGCUGCGGCGGCGGCGACGACGUGCUGCGGUCCAGAAAUGGAGCAAGAGCCACAAAAUGGAGAACCUGCUGAAAUUAAGAUCAUCAGAGAAGCAUAUAAGAAGGCCUUUUUGUUUGUUAACAAAGGUCUGAAUACAGAUGAAUUAGGUCAGAAGGAAGAAGCAAAGAACUACUAUAAGCAAGGAAUAGGACACCUGCUCAGAGGGAUCAGCAUUUCAUCAACAGAGUCUGAACACACAGGCCCUGGGUGGGAAUCUGCUAGACAAAUGCAACAGAAAAUGAAAGAAACACUACAGAAUGUACGCACCAGGCUGGAAAUUCUAGAGAAGGGUCUUGCCACUUCUCUACAGAAUGAUCUUCAGGAGGUGCCCAAGUUAUAUCCAGAAUUUCCACCUAAAGACAUGUGUGAAAAAUUACCAGAGCCUCAGUCUUUUAGUUCAGCUCCUCAGCAUGCUGAAGUAGAUGGAAACACCUCAACUCCAAGUGCAGGGGCAGUUGCUGCACCUGCUUCUCUCUCUUUACCAUCACAAAGUUGUCCAGCAGAAGCUCCUCCUGCUUAUACUCCUCAGGCUGCUGAAGGUCACUACACUGUAUCCUUUGGAACAGAUUCUGGGGAGUUUUCAUCAGUUGGAGAAGAGUUUUAUAGGAAUCAUUCUCAGCCGCCGCCUCUUGAGACUUUAGGGCUAGAUGCAGAUGAAUUGAUUUUGAUACCAAAUGGAGUACAGAUUUUUUUUGUAAAUCCUGCAGGGGAGGUUAGUGCACCUUCGUAUCCUGGGUACCUUCGAAUUGUGAGGUUUUUGGAUAAUUCUCUUGAUUCGGUUCUAAACCGUCCUCCUGGGUUUCUUCAGGUUUGUGACUGGUUGUAUCCUCUAGUUCCUGAUAGAUCUCCGGUUCUGAAAUGUACUGCAGGAGCCUACAUGUUUCCUGAUACGAUGCUACAAGCAGCAGGAUGCUUUGUGGGGGUCGUCCUGUCCUCUGAGUUACCAGAGGAUGAUAGAGAGCUCUUUGAGGAUCUAUUAAGGCAAAUGUCUGACCUUCGGCUCCAGGCCAACUGGAACAGAGCAGAAGAAGAAAAUGAAUUCCAAAUCCCUGGAAGAACUAGACCCUCCUCUGACCAACUAAAAGAAGCCUCGGGCACUGAUGUGAAACAGUUGGACCAAGGCAAUAAGGAUGUACGUCAUAAAGGAAAACGUGGAAAAAGGGCUAAAGAUACUUCAAGUGAAGAAGUUAACCUGAGUCACAUUGUACCAUGUGAGCCAGUUCCAGAAGAAAAAUCAAAAGAAUUACCUGAAUGGAGUGAGAAAGUGGCUCACAACAUUUUGUCAGGUGCUUCCUGGGUGAGUUGGGGUUUAAUCAAAGGUGCUGAGUUUACUGGCAAAGCAAUCCAGAAAGGUGCUUCUAAACUCCGAGAGCGGAUUCAACCAGAAGAAAAACCUGUGGAAGUUAGUCCAGCUGUCACCAAGGGACUUUAUAUAGCGAAGCAAGCUACAGGAGGAGCAGCAAAAGUCAGUCAGUUCCUGGUUGAUGGAGUUUGCACUGUAGCAAAUUGCGUUGGAAAAGAACUAGCUCCACAUGUCAAGAAGCAUGGAAGCAAACUAGUUCCAGAAUCUCUUAAAAAAGACAAAGAUGGGAAAUCUCCUCUGGAUGGUGCCAUGGUUGUAGCAGCAAGUAGUGUUCAAGGAUUUUCAACUGUGUGGCAAGGAUUGGAAUGUGCAGCUAAAUGCAUUGUUAACAAUGUUUCAGCAGAAACUGUACAAACUGUCAGAUAUAAAUACGGGUAUAAUGCAGGAGAAGCUACCCACAAUGCGGUGGAUUCUGCAGUCAAUGUUGGCGUAACUGCCUACAAUAUUAACAACAUUGGUAUCAAAGCAAUGGUGAAGAAAACUGCAACACAAACAGGACACACUCUCCUUGAGGACUAUCAGAUAGCUGAUAAUUCUCAGAGGGAAAAUCAAGAAGGAGCAGCAGAUGUCAGCGUGAGAGGGGAGAAGGAUGAGCAAACGAAGGAAGUAAAGGAGGCAAAGAAGAAAGAUAAAUGAUGGAGUGCUGGGAAUCACCUAUACCAAAGCCUUAUGAAAUGGAUGAAAUUUUGUUAUUUAAGCAAAUGUGGAAUUCCUCACAGAUUAACCAGUAUUUUUUAAAUGUAUUCAUUCCUACAAAUUAACUUUCAUAAAUUUUAUGGCAUGUCUUCUAUUUAAAAGGAAAAGAAUAAAUAUUCUUGCUUCUGGCCUUAGAAAUGUGAAGUAAUAUUCUCAAGUUUAUUUUUUCCAAGUGUAGCUGAAAUAUUUUCGCAGGUAAAAUGAAGCUAAUAAUACAUGUGCUGUUUAGACCUUAUUAAACCUAAUGUUGAACUAUUUUUAUAUCUGCUAUAUUUCAGAAAGCAAAUUAGGAAACUAUAUAUUUGCUUAAAAAUUGGCAUUUAGUAACCUUAAUUCUUUUUAUAGAAGGAAUGACUUAAAGUAUUGUCUACUCUUUUUGCACUAAGUGUGGAUUUUUUUAGAUUCUUCUCAAUAUUUUCAGUGUGUAAGCUAAGCAAAACCUAAUCCUAAACUAAGAAUUCUCAAAAAGAUUUGUUCAAAACGGAAAGACUGAUGAAAAGUAAAAUGGACUACUUUUGUAACUUACCUGUUUGUUAGGAAAUGGAAUGGUCUUUUUGAUUUAAAAUGAAUAAAAAUAGAUUAUUACGUCUUUUGUAUUGAGACCGAUUGUUCUCUUAUGAGCCUAGGACAUUUGGGAACAUGAUUGUUUUGUAUUAAAAUUCAAAGUGAUUAUUAUCAGCUUAAUCGGAUUACAAAAGUACUUCAAGAAAUUA